AUGGACAAGUUCCUUCUCCUGCUCCUGAUGCUGGGUCCUUUGCCUGUUGUGUUCUUCCAAGGUGUGGUCCAGAGGGUGAAGGUGGCUGGGGAGCAGACUAAGGAUGAUGAUCUGACUGUGCAGGGCACUCAAGCUCUCAUGUGCACAGUCUGCAGCUCUUUUAAGGACGGCCGUUGUUUGAAAGGCAAGGGCAACUGCACUCUGAACUCUGUCUCUGCAUGCAGAACUAUGAAUAUCUUCAUUUUCUCUGAGACAGAUGGAUGGCUUCAUGAUCACACUGAAUUGGACUGUCAGAAUUUUUGUUUUCCUUCACACAUGUAUUAUGAGCAGGUUAAGGUAUCUUCCUACUGCUGCAAAAAUCAAGAUUUCUGUAACAGAUAUCAGGGAAGUUUGUGA